UUCUCUCUCUCUCUCUCUCUCUCUCACACACACACACACACGCACGCACAGUCUGUUGUGCGCUUCGGGUCUCACAGCCAAGCAAGCAAGCUAAGCUUAGAUAGAGAAAAGAUAAAAGGUGAACUCUUUAUCUUUCCUCAUUCUUUGAAUCCCCACCCAAAAAUCUAGGGCUUUCUCUUUACUCUUCUCUCACUUCCCAUCUCAGAAUCUCACUCUCUACAUUAUUAACUUCCUUAAUUCUCGUCCUUUACUACUACUAAACUCUCUGCUUACUUCACCUUUUACGUUCACCUGGUUUUGCAAAGAUGGAGAGCAUGCAUAGCUUUUGGCAAUUGGGUGAUGAGCUUCGAGGACAAUCAAAAGUCUCAGAGGAUCACAAAUGGUUAGUGGCUGCUUCAAAAUUGGCUGAGCAGACAAGGAUAAAGGGCGAGCGCAUGAAUAACCUUGAUCUCUCCAAGGGCCCAACUGAAAUGAGGAUAAGGGAGAAGUUUGGGUUCCAGGAAGACAACAAAUUUGAAAGCCUCAACUUCAACAUGUUGAACUUGGACUCUAAAUUAACUGAAAGUGUGAACAAAAGUUCUUCCCUCAGGAACGGUAUUUAUAAUAUGAAUGCAGUUUAUCAGAAAAACAAUGCAACCCUUAUGGGAAACAUAAUGGGUACCAAGUAUAGUGGCAAUAACCUCAUCAGCAAAGCAUCCAACGACAACAUCAAUAACAAUAACUCCAACAACUCCACCACCAACAACAACAAUGAAAAUGCCAACUCCAACAAUGCAGUUGACAAAAGGUUCAAGACCUUGCCAGCAACAGAGACACUCCCACGGAAUGAGGUGUUGGGGGGAUACAUCUUUGUAUGUAAUAAUGACACAAUGCAGGAAGAUUUAAAGCGACAGCUAUUUGGUUUGCCUCCAAGAUAUCGGGAUUCUGUUCGGGCAAUAACCCCAGGCUUACCACUGUUUCUCUAUAAUUACACUACUCACCAGUUGCAUGGAAUCUUUGAGGCAACAAGUUUUGGGGGAUCCAACAUUGAUCCAACUGCUUGGGAAGAUAAAAAAUGUAAAGGCGAGUCAAGGUUUCCAGCUCAGGUGAGAAUCCGUGUUAGAAAAAUAUGCAAGGCUUUGGAAGAAGAUGCCUUUAGGCCAGUCUUGCAUCACUAUGAUGGCCCCAAAUUCCGUCUUGAGCUCUCAGUUCCAGAGACCCUGGAUCUAUUAGACCUCUGCGAACAAGCAGGCACUGUUGCAUAAGCAAUAUGUAAGCAGAAUUGCAAUGUAGUAGGUUUUUGUGGUGCAUGUCAGCUGUGUGCUUUUCACAGAUUUUCCAUAGAGCGCAAGCUUCGGGGAUAAGUCUGGUUGGGCAAAUGUUCUUGAAAAAAUAUAGGUUAAAGUGUGUGUGAGCCAGCUGAAUAAAUAGUCUUGUAUCUUGUGAGGAUACUUGUUAAGUUGCAUGACAUUUGAUAGCAUUAUAAAUGUUACAGACAGAGUUUUAAGAUGUAAAAGAGAACAACCUCUGUGUGUAAUGCUAAUAGUCCUCUAAAUAUAAAGGGCUUGACGCGUUUAUCAUUUGUGAUUAUGAACACAGUUCCAAAAAACUAUUUUCUGUUUUUUUAUGUGUUUGGUUAAAAAUGGACAG